ACAACAUUAUUAAUUUAUUAUUACCUAUUCAAAAUAUUAUGUUUAAGUUUAUAAAAUUACUCAAGUAUUGAAUAUCAGUUUGGUAAAUACUAUAAAUUGUUUACAAACAACAUUAACAAUUUUGGUCACAACCCUGGUUAUCAUCCCUGAGCCUAACCACUUUAAAAUAACCAACGAUAUCAUAAAACAAAAUAUAAAAUGAGUGAUGAGUACGCAGCAGUUAAACGUGGAAAGCUUGUAUUAAAAGGCGACAAGCCCAAGGCAAAGAAGAGAAAACAUAAGAAGAAGGAUAAAGAGUCAGAUUCAAAGGUAGAUGAGGACUGUAUCAAGCACGGGGGCUGGUGGAAAGUCGAGAAGAUAGAAGAUUUAUCGGGUUCCAUCGCUAUUGAAUUUGGUACCAAUUCCUAUGUCUCAGCUCUUGAUAACGGUCUAUUUACAAUUGGUGCACCACAUGACGAGGGAGAUGGUCCAUCACCAGAGGAGAUAUUCACAGGUUUUCCAGCUGGUGAAAAUAAGUUUGCCCUAAAGUCAGGAUACGGAAAGUAUUUGGGUGUAUCAAAAGAUGGAGUUGUUAUUGGACGAUCUGAUGCUGUGGGACCUAUGGAGCAGUGGGAGCCAGUUUGGCAAGAUGGUAAAACAGCAAUACUUAGCUCGCUCAACAAGUUUGUAUCAAUCAAUACGGAAGACGACUCUGUAGUGGCUCAGAACACCGCGGCUGGAGAGCAGGAGUUCUGUUGUAUACGCAGCAACAAAAGCAGGGAAGUUAACAAGUCAACGGUACCAGAAGAGGAGGAGGGAGACUUGGCAGAGGUGGAAGUUAAUUAUGUCAAGAAAUUCCAAAAGUUCCAAGACAAGAAACUCAGGUUGAACGACGGUGGGGUUGGUGACUUGAAGAAGGCGAAGGUGGAGGGAAACCUGCACGAGACCUUGCUGGACCGACGGAGCAAGAUGAAGGCUGACAGAUAUUGUAAAUAAAUGAUGAAAAUUA